CCAUCUUUAGCGGAAGUGGAACUUGUCACUUCCGGGAGGUCACACGUGGAGAGCGGUGCAAGCAAUUUAAGUGACCAUGUCAGACUUUGAAGAUGAUAGUACAUCCGCAUCGGACUCUGACUUUGAUCCAUCUGAGUUGACUGAUAAAGAGCUUCAGCAAGCAUUUGCCGAGGGGAAACUGAAGCCUGGUUUAAAUGUGGUACUGGAGGGUAAAAGGAAAGCUUCCAAUGAUAUAUCCGCUUUGAAGCAGAGUUUAAUAGAUCUGAAAAAAGACAUGCCCUGGUUGGAACGCCUGGAUGUUACCACAGCCCCCGUGUCCGAAAUUCCAGAACACAAUGGAGAGAUGACCCCAAACUCUGACAAUAUUAAUGCAGAGGACGACUUCCAGAGAGAGAUGUGUUUUUACCGGCAGGCACAGGCUGCUGUGCUCUUUGCUCUUCCACGUCUCCAUAAAUUGAAAGUUGCCACCAAGCGACCUGAUGAUUACUUUGCAGAGAUGGCAAAAUCUGACCAGCACAUGCAGAAGGUUCGGCACAAACUUCAAGCCAAACAGACUGCGAUGGAGAAAUCCGAGAAGGCUAAACAGCUGAGAGCACUGAGGAAGUACGGUAAAAAGGUACAAACAGAAGUCUUGCAGAAGAGACAGAAAGAAAAAUCAGCAAUGAUGAAUCAAAUCAAAAAAUACCAGAAAGGUUUCUCAGAUAAAUUGGACUUUCUUGAGGGUGACCAACCUCAGAAAAAAGGUGGUGAAUCUGGAAAAGCACCUCUUCAGAAAUCAAAGAAAGGCCCGAAUGCAAAACGUCGUUAUAAAGAUGAGAAGUUUGGCUUUGGUGGAAGGAAGAAAGGUUUGAAGAGGAAUACUAAAGAGAGUGUAAAUGAUGUGUCCAGCUUCCGUUCCAAUGUGGCCCAUGGAAAAGGUCCUCACAGGCCCGGCAAGAAGGGCGGCAAAAAUGCCAACAAAAGACCCGGUAAGAAGGUCAGGCAGAAGAUGAAGAGCAAAGGCAGAUAAUCGGUGUCUGUCUUGCGAGAGAAGCGCAGUGUUUUACCCAAUUCUCUCCCUCCCCUUCACCCCAUUUUAUGUAACAAGCUCUCUUUGUAUAAAGCACCUCAGUGAGAUCCUCCUUCUCCAGCGGACAAUGUCCAUGUGGAUGAGUGACCUGGAGAUUCACACGUUCUGUUUCUUUUUACCAGCGCGUCUUUUCCUUCCAUAUUGGGACUGUUGCUGUCAGUCUGCCUCACUUUUACUAUCAAGAAAACGUCAUGCACUCACUAGUUCAGCAUUGUGCAUGCAGGCACGUUUUGUGUGACCGCCCAUUAAAGAACAGAGAUGGGCAUUUGCUGUUUAUUGUUUUAUCAGUCGUACGCAGUGACUGGUCUGGAUUCAUUCCGUGUCUCUGCUCCCAUAUUGCCGAGCGGGGCAGCAAGCAGCGUGAAAUGGAUCGCUUACCAUUGUGGGAGUGUGGAUAUGUGCAGACUCUGCAGCUAACUUCUAGUUUAUUCCUCUUCCCUAAUGUCAGAGACUUAAAACUAAAAUGCAGCUGUCUAUAUUGUGACUGCAACCUGCCCGCAUGUACACAUUAUGCGAUUACUAUAAAAUGCCCUGCGUGCUGUAUGAUAGGUAUACCCGGCAUACUUUAAUUCUUAUUACAUUGGUUUUUGUUUAACAUGUUUUGAUUCUGGAAGAAAUCAGAGUAAAAUAGGAUAAUUU